AUGUCGCACACUGCAGGAAUGGACACGGGCUUGCCUGUACCGGAUGCCAUCCCUCCGCUCGAAGAACUUCAAGAAAACCUGGUUCUAGACCUCGUUCAGGAGGUCAAAUUUCAACCGGACCUCCGUCAAUUACCUAUAACAACACAGGACGACGAGAUAACGAUUGGUGCUCGAGAUAGAUCUGCUCAUGUAUUAAGAUGCCUAAAAGUGAUGUAUGAUUUGUCUUCAGAUGUAUUUUUCAUUGCGAUUAAUCUGAUAGACCGAUUUUUGACUAAAAUGAAGGCAAGGCAGAAGCACAUGGCCUGCAUCAGCGUGUCAGCCUUUUACAUUGCUGCCAUCCAACGGAUGCAGUCCAUAGAAGCCGAGCACCUUAUCUCGAUCUCGCAGUGCAGAUGCACGGCUGAUGAUUUGAGACGCAUGUCGGAGGUGAUACGAAAUAAAUUGGAAUGGGCACCCGGCACUGAACCCACUACCGCUCUGACUUUUCUACAGCUCUUCAACAAAAUGUUUCAUGCGGUAGCGAAGCAAAUACAUCUUGGCGAUGUGUACACCAAUAUCGUCAAGGAAUCUGAAUUGAUUCUCAGAUUGGAAAUGGUGGCUUGCGACGGUAGUUGCGCGAGUCUUAGACCCUCCGAGGUGGCUCUGGUAUUACUCUGCACUUAUUUGGAUGCUGCUGUUAAUCGACUGAAUGCAAAUACAGAUGCCACUGUGUCUGCUGACGACUCAUCCUCACACAACACAUCCGUCAUUACAUCAUCCUAUCAGAUGCUGAAAGACGAACUGAUGCAAUUUGCUGUGGAGCUCCGAGAGAAAUGCAAUAUUUCAGAGGAGAAUUUCCGCUCCACUCAUGGAACGGUGGGUACUGUACUGAGCAAGUAUAAUGCCCAGGAGCAAACACCUCAUAGACAGAAGUUAAUCUGGAAACUUUCAUCCCGCACUGCAGGUGUUUUACGUCCGACGGACAAUUUUAGAUCUGUAUUACCUGCCAUUGCAGAACAUGCGCCGAUUCCAUCUCCAAGCAGGAUCAGGUACAGUUGA